AUGGGGCAAAGUGACGACCCAUACGCACAAGUUUGCAAGGGAAAAUUGCAAUUAAAAGGUGAUAACAGCAUUAAAAAGAAAAAGAAGAAGAAAGAUAAGAAGUUGUUAGAGCAAGUGAGCAAAAUUGUCGAAAGUGAGACACCGGAAUCAAAGCCUGCGAGGCAAAAAACAAAAGCCGAACUUGCGUUCUUAAAACAGCAAGAAAAAAUGCAAACUCAACGCAUCUUGGAAAAAGCGUCAAUGACACACAAAGAAAGAGUAGAAAAAUUCAACCAACACUUGGACGGGCUCACGGAACACUUUGACAUACCUAAGGUCUCUUGGACUAAGUAAAAUAUUUAUUUAAAUAAACUUCUUAUUUACACUAGUGUGA